AUGAUCGCCCCUACAGCACUCAGAGCAGCCCGCACAGCAGCCCCCAGGCUCAGCACCACCCUCCCCGCCGCUUCCCGCUUCGCCUCCGCCUCCUCAAAGCUCUCCAUCGCCAACGAAACAUACCCUCUGCCGCCCGGCCAGGAACUCGACCCCCAGUUGAACGGUUACCCCCAGCUUCCCAACGAGACCCUGCAAAAGAGACAACCUUUCGGAUGGUGGGAUGUCCAGGAGCGAAAGAACUUUGGCGAGGUGGUCCACGAGAGUGAGGAUGUUAUCGGCAUGUGGGGUCCUGAUGUCCACAAGACGUCGUGGCAAAGCGCCCUUCUCCAGCUCUCUGGUGCCUUUGGACUGGUCGGCAUCGCCGCUUUCUUCCUGAUCCAGACCCGCCCGGAACGACCAGCUGUCGCCCGAGAGUACCCUUACAACGGACUUGAGCAAGAGCUUGGCGGCAUCAAUGUUGCCAGGAAGGAACAGGUCGACGAGGAGGACUAG